AAGAUUCCUCACUUUGAUAGGCAACACCACCCGUCCUUCACCGCUUCCUUAAUUCCAAUUCGUUUUUCUGUGCAGAGGCGACAGCCUUCUGACCGUAGCCAGCGACCCUCUCACGGAAUGACCACGGAUUGGACAGGAGGCCCGUCCCUCUUAGAGGGUGGGCGGAGCUAGAGCACCUGGGGGCGGUGCAUUGGCUGACCGGACUCCGGGGGCGGGGCAGCGGCUCCUGUCAGCCGGUGAAAUGGCAGCAGCGGAGCCGGCGGCGGCCGCGGCGGUCCCGGGGGGCGGCUGAGAGAGGGGGCCGGGCCCGGGGCUGCGGGGCGAGCGGCUCGCCGGGGAUCUGGCAGCUCGCGGCCCGGGACGGCGAGGCUCCGAACGGAGAUGGCGGCGAGCUCGGUGCAGGCUGAACUGUGACCUGGCCCCGCUGCCGACAGGACCCGCCCACCAUGGCGAGCCCCACGCUGAGCCCCGACUCCUCAUCCCAGGAGGCCCUGUCUGCCCCCACCUGCUCCCCGACCUCAGACUCCGAGAACCUCAGCCCCGAUGAACUGGAGUUGCUGGCCAAGCUUGAGGAGCAGAACAGGCUCCUGGAGGCCGACUCCAAGUCCAUGCGCUCCAUGAACGGCUCCCGGCGGAACAGCGGCUCCUCACUGCUGUCCAGCUCCUCGGCCUCCUCCAACCUGAGCCACCUGGAGGAGGACACGUGGAUCCUGUGGGGCCGCAUUGCCAACGAGUGGGAGGAGUGGCGGCGCCGGAAGGAGAAGCUGCUCAAGGAACUCAUCCGCAAGGGCAUCCCACACCACUUCCGGGCCAUCGUGUGGCAGCUGCUGUGCAGCGCCACGGACAUGCCCGUCAAGAACCAGUACUCAGAGCUGCUCAAGAUGUCCUCGCCCUGUGAGAAGCUCAUCCGCCGGGACAUCGCACGGACCUACCCGGAGCAUGAGUUCUUCAAGGGCCAGGACAGCCUGGGCCAGGAAGUCCUCUUCAACGUCAUGAAGGCCUAUUCCCUGGUGGACCGGGAGGUGGGCUACUGCCAGGGGAGUGCCUUCAUCGUAGGUCUGCUACUCAUGCAGAUGCCCGAGGAGGAAGCCUUCUGCGUGUUCGUACGGCUGAUGCAGGAGUACCGGCUGCGGGAACUCUUCAAGCCCAGCAUGGCCGAGCUGGGACUAUGCAUCUACCAAUUUGAAUACAUGCUACAGGAGCAGCUCCCGGACCUCAACACGCACUUCCGCUCCCAGAGCUUCCACACAUCCAUGUACGCCUCGUCUUGGUUCCUCACGCUCUUCCUCACCACCUUCCCGCUCCCCGUCGCCACCCGGGUCUUCGACAUCUUCAUGUAUGAGGGGCUGGAGAUUGUGUUUCGGGUAGGCCUGGCCUUGCUGCAGGUCAACCAGACGGAGCUAAUGCAACUGGACAUGGAAGGCAUGUCCCAGUAUUUCCAGCGGGUGAUCCCCCACCAAUUCGACAGCUGCCCGGACAAGCUGGUCCUCAAGGCAUACCAAGUCAAGUACAACCCCAAGAAGAUGAAGAGGCUGGAGAAGGAGUACGCGGCCAUGAAGAGCAAGCAGAUGGAGGAACAGAUUGAGAUCAAAAGGCUUCGGACAGAGAACCGGCUCCUGAAACAGCGAAUUGAGACCCUGGAGAAGGAGAGCGCGGCUCUGGCCGAUAGGUUAAUCCAGGGGCAGGUGACCCGGGCGCAGGAGGCCGAGGAGAACUACGUCAUCAAGCGGGAGCUGGCAGUGGUGCGGCAGCAGUGCAGCUCGGCCGCCGAAGACCUGCAGAAGGCGCAGAGCACGAUCCGCCAGCUGCAGGAGCAGCAGGACAACCCGCGCCUCACCGAGGACUUCGUGGCACACCUGGAAACGGAACUGGAGCAGUCGAGGCUGCGGGAGACGGAGACCCUGGGGGCCCUGCGGGAGAUGCAAGACAAAGUCCUGGACAUGGAGAAGAGGAACAGCUCGCUGCCGGAGGAGAACAACGUAGCAAGGCUACAGGAGGAGCUCAAGGCGCUCAAGGUGCGGGAGGCCGAGGCGGUGGCGGCCAUGCACGAGCUAAAGUCCCAGCUGCAGGAGCUCUCGGACACCUGGCAGGCCCAUCUGUCCCGCGGAGGCCGCUGGAAGGAGUCCCCGCGGAAGCUGGUGCCCGGCGAGCUGCAGGACGAGCUGAUGAGCGUGCGUCUGCGCGAGGCGCAGGCCCUGGCCGAGGGCCGUGAGCUGCGGCAGCGCGUGGUGGAGCUGGAGACGCAGGACCACAUCCACCGCAACCUGCUGAACCGCGUGGAGGCGGAGCGCGCGGCGCUGCAGGAAAAGCUGCAGUACCUGGCGGCGCAGAACAAGGGGCUGCAGACGCAGCUGAGCGAGAGCCGCCGCAAGCAGGCCGAGGCCGAGUGCAAGAGCAAGGAGGAGGUGAUGGCGGUGCGCCUGCGGGAGGCCGACAGCAUGGCGGCCGUGGCCGAGAUGAGACAGCGCAUCGCCGAGCUGGAGAUCCAGAGGGAAGAGGGCCGCAUCCAGGGCCAGCUGAACCACUCGGACUCGUCGCAGUACAUCCGUGAGCUCAAGGACCAGAUCCAGGAGCUGAAGGCCGAGCGCGCCGGUCCCCCGCCCCAGGUGCGGCUGCUCAAGGGCCCUCCGGCCUUCGAGGACCCGCUGGCCUUCGACGGGCUGAGCCUGGCGCGGCACCUGGAUGAGGACUCGCUGCCUUCGUCGGACGAGGAGCUGCUGGGCGUGGGCGCGGCGCUGCAGGACGCCCUGUACCCGCUGUCCCCGCGCGAUGCGCGCUUCUUCCGCCGGCUGGAGAGACCCGCCAAGGACAGCGAGGGCAGCGAGGACAGCGACGCCGACGAGCUGGCCGCGCCCUAUAGCCAGGGCCUGGACAAUUGAGCCCGUGACCGGUGUGCCUGGAGGCCACAGCCACCGAGGGACACCCGGGGGAGGCAUUUCGCGGAGGGCAGGGUGGCGGCGGGCUCUCUCCCCAACCUUCCCGGGGCAGUAUGCACCCCUCAUCUGGGUCCGCACCCCUGCAAGGC